GUGUGACUGGGUUUCCUGCAUUUUCUUUACCUGAAUCUGGCCAGCCCGCAGGACGGCCCUAGAAGCCCAUGAAGGACAUCUCAGUGCAGUUGGCUUCCUCAUCCUCCUUCCCUGGGACAGAGGCAUGGAAGACCAGGCAAAGGGGUACCAGGUUCCAGGUGGGCAGAGAAAGGCACCCUGACCACCUGGGCACCAGUAGCCUGGAGGACAUGGGUGGUCUUCGAAGGAAGAGAGACCUGGGGCAAAGGCAGAAGGCAAGGAAGGUGCCUCCCGCUGGCCUCUCGACUCUCCUCCCCAAAGGUCUCAGCAUCUGGCCUGGAGACGGCCUCUCACCUGGGGACGCGCAGUGGUACCCGGCGGGGCAGGGGAGGCACUCUGUCAGACUCUCGGCCCCUUCUGCUGCCAGGAGCAUGUGUGAAUAUAUCCAAGUAUACGAGAGAAAAAGAUGGGACUCUUCACCCAGCAGGGGAGCAGGGUGUGAGGCUCACACCCGGGGGCCAUCGCAGCAGUCACGAGCCCCGUCCCCGCACUGCCUCCGGGAAAAGCUGGAUAUCUUUUCUCUACGGCACUCGUGGAGCCCAGUGGAUAAAGCGCAGGACCCCGGCUGCCAUCAGCAGGACGAGCCCCCCGGGAGAAGCUCGGAGGCCCUGCUGCACUCUCUGUGGGCUGAGGAGGGAGAGGACAGACAGCAGGUACUGUCCCCAGGUGUGCUCAGGGCCCAGGGCCCGCCGGGGCCUGGGCUUGGAGCCACCGGUCUGACCUCCUGCUCUGCAGCUGGAGAAAGCAGACUAGACCUAACGAUGAACUUCCUGAGAUGGGAGAGGAACCUGCAGAGGGAGAGUCCGAGGAGUCCUCUGCUGUCACCUGGUAGGUAGAGGAGGACCCGCUUUGAAGCAGGUUCAUCUCUGCAUGAAAUGUCCAGCAACUCCUCUUUUGAUGACCCCUGUCCCCAGUCUCCAGAAACUGCCUUUAGCAAACGUCGGGAGCUUUCCCUGGAUGAGAGACCACCAGUGUGGUCUCUUGUUUUGAUUGGCUACUCUGAGCGGCUGAGCCUGUCCCUAAGGUCUCGGGAAAGACUGGAAGCCGGGGAACCUCCACCCCCGAGGCUGUGCGUCUCUGAACCCCAAGCGCACAGUCCUUGCUGUGACAUUCCAUGGACGGGGCGGCCAGGGGCCACCACGCACGUCUUACACAUAGAGGAGGGAGGGGGUAUAGGAAGUUCAGGAGGAAUUUGGACCUUAAGGCCUGCUUUCUGAUCAUUCUGGUUAAAGAAACCAUGUAUUGUCUGUCCAGCCCAAGGGAUUACAAAAGCUAUUCACACUACAGAAAAUUCAGAGGUAGAGGCACAAGGAAGAAUUGUCCGUCUUUCCCCUGAGGGUAGGUGCAGGACGCUGGCAUCGCCUGGAGGCACAAAGAGUUUCACCUGCAAGGAACUGCCCCUGUUUUUAGGCAGGAACUGAGCAGAGCUAUUUUCAUUUCAUAUCCACCCUCGCUCAGUCUGAAUGUAUUUUAUUUAUCUUAAAAUCCAAGUCUGUGCUAAGUGUC